AUGCAGCCCCUGGGUAAAGCCCAGAAGGUCUCCAUCUAUUAUUUUAUCGACCUGAAGGCUCUUCAUAAGCCUGUUUGCCUGCUUACCAGGUUCCUUGUUCGAUCCCCUGUACACCCCCCGCACUUAAGCGCCCGUCUCGUACCUCGACACGUGAGGAUUCAGCACCGCCACCGGGGGCAAUUGAUCCGGACACCCGUCUUAACAUGCGCAGUCGACUACUAUAAAGUACUAGACGUCCACCCGAGCGCGUCUGACAAGGAUAUUCGAGCUGCAUACAAACGACUGAGCAAGAAAUGGCAUCCUGACAAGAACAAGGAUCCGGGAGCCGAGGAGAGAUUCCCUACGAAGUUCUCUCGGAUUCUACGACAUGGAGAGGAAGGUCUCAAGGGACACGAAGGCGGUCAGCAGCAUGGAGGAGCCAACCCCUUCGAUAUGUUUGCAAAUUUCUUUGGUGGCCACCACCAACAAGCCCGUAGAGGACCCUCGACUGUUACAGAAUUCGAAGUUUCCUUGGCUGAUGUUUUCAAUGGAGCGAGUAUUGAAUUCAUGGUCAAGAAAAAGAUUCUCUGCGACCAUUGUCGGGGAACUGGUGCUGCAAGCGAUGGUGAUAUCCACACUUGCACAGGCUGCAAUGGACAUGGUGUGAAGCUCGUCAAGCAACAGAUAUUCCCCGGAAUGUUCGCUCAGACUCAAGUAACCUGUAACGACUGUGGCGGGCGCGGCAAGGUCAUCAAGAAGAAGUGCUCCCACUGCCAAGCUAACAAGGUCCUCGACGAAACCGCUCGAUACACUUUGGAGGUUCAACCAGGCAUGCCAGAAGGUCACGAAGUUGUCUUUGAGGGACAGGCAGAUGAGAGUCCUGAUUGGGAGCCCGGAGACAUCGUCUUGAGGGUCAGGAGCAAGAAGGAGAAGGGUGGAUUCAGGAGAAAGGAGUCCAGUCUUUACUGGAAAGAAACCAUUGGUGUGGACGAGGCCCUUCUCGGCUUCAAGCGCAACAUUACCCAUCUGGAUGGGCGAACUCUGACACUUGAGCGCGAAGGCGUCACACAGCCUGGAUUUGUGCAAGUCAUCAAGGGUGAAGGGAUGCCAAUAUGGAAUAGUGUUGGACGAGGCGAUCUCUACAUCGAGUACAACGUGGUAAUGCCACUAGAACUCUCGGCCCAACAGCGUAGAAAACUCCUAGAAGCAUUCCAACCUGAAGCCGCUUAUCGCGACGAAUUGUGAACUAGCAUAUCAUAUUUAUUUAAUGCAGCACUGAGGA